AUGGAUCCAGAUGAGUUUGGUAUUUCAGCAAUUCCUCUACACCACAGCCCUUAUGGUCCACUGGUCCCCGAAAAACUUCUAGGGAAGAACAAAGGAAAAGUCGCCGUAGUUACGGGGGCCGCACAAGGCAUUGGGAAAUGCAUUGCGGAGGCCCUUGCCAGUUCUGGAGCGAAUGUUGCAAUCGUGGAUUUGAAAGACGCUUCCGAGACAAAGACAGCUUGCGAAUCAUUCAACGUCAAAUCGGUCUUCUACAGCUGUGAUGUCACGCUUGUCGACCAUAUGAGAAGGGUGUUGGGAGAGAUCGAGAAGGACUUGGGAGUUAUUGACAUUCUCGUGAACAACGCGGGUAUGGUCCGGGGUCGGCCAGUAUGUAUGGACACCUUUGAGGGGUAUUGGAGAUGUUUUGAGGUCAAUUAUAAGAGUGUAAUGAACACCAUCUUUGCAGUGCUGCCAGGCAUGCGUGAACGCAGGUCCGGGACCAUCAUAAACAUAUCUUCUCGGGCCGGAACCCUGGACUGUCCGCUCGCACUGGGCUAUACGGAUAGUAAGACUGCCAUCAUACGUGCUACAGCAUCCAUCCAAGAAGAGUUGGAAAUGGAUGGUCUUGGAGAGACAAUCCAGAUGUUCUCUAUACACCCUGGAGGCGUUCCAAGUGUGCUAGGAUCAUCAUCAUUUCCAGCCGACGUCGCCGAGCGAUACCCCGCAGCCGCACAGAUGAUGAAAGAGUUUCACAAAUAUCUGAAGACUGAACCAAGUCUGUGCGGAAUGACUUGUGCUUAUCUGGCCACUGGUCAAGCAAAAGAGUUGAGAGGGAUGUAUUUUGAUGUAAGACAAGACAUUGAGCGGGUUGCGUCAAGAGGAAGGAGCGCUCUGCAGAAAGGUCGCUUGUACACGUUGAAGGUUGACUUCAUAGAGGACUAUGCCAAUGAGAUAUAAAAGCGUCUCAGCCCUCGAGAGAUGCACGGAAUGCUCCUGGGUCGUGUCAACCAACGAGUGUGGAUAGGUAUGGGUAACGCAGACAGU